UGUUGUCGUCAUUGAUGCCGUUUAUCAAGAUACUCGUUCUACUCGCUCACAAAGAGGAUUUUUUUCGUUUAAUUUUGUACCUGCAGCGAAAAUUUUUGCACUCAGAUUACGACAGCUACGAAAGACAAAUUGUGAUCGGUUUUAAACGAAAAUGUACAUUUUUUAUUUAUUUUCUUACAUUUUUCACUUUGGCCACUGUUGCUUCUUAUAUUGUUAAUCCACUUAUCGCAAAUAUUGGAAAAAAUGAGUCAGACAGAGUACUUCCGUUCAACAUGUGGGUGGACUUGCCACUGACUACAACGCCCUACUAUGAAAUAACAUUCGUUAUACAGGUUUUGUCUUUAUAUCAUAUUGGAAUAAGUUACUUUUGCUUCGAUAACUUCUUGUGCAUAAUAAAUCUACACGUGGCUGGUCAGUUUCAAAUAUUGCAAUAUAGAAUCACAAAUAUGCCGGAUUUAAUGAACAAAGGGAAACAAAGGAGGAACGAAGUAUCAUACAAGGAAUCAACGUGUUUUGCAGACGAAUAUUAUACCAUUUUUAAGAAAUAUAUUCGACAGCACCAAACACUCAUAGCGUAUUGCGAGAAAUUAGAAGAGGUAUUCAAUUGGAUCAUUCUAGAGCAAGUACUGAUGUUCAGUUUGUUAAUCUGCCUCGAUGGAUAUCAAGUUCUUCUGGCAGGCGCACCUACAAGGACACGUUUGAUUUUCAGCUUUCACAUAGGAGCAUGCUUAUGCCAGUUACUCAUGUUCACUUACAGUUGCGACUGUAUCAUACGCGAAAGUAUGAGUGUAGCUAUUGCAGCGUACAAAGCACCUUGGCCAUUGUUAUCAAUGACUGCAAGCGGAAGGAUGAUGCAGAAGGAUUUGACUCUCGUUAUCAUGAGGUCCAGCGUACCUUGUUGCUUAACAGGCAGAGGUUUCUUCAUUGUGUCACUAGAAACAUACACUAACAUCUCCUCUUACAUCGUGUGCAAUUUAUUGGGACUGUUCACAGUUUUUUUUAAAAUAGUAACUAUAUUUAUAUACAGGGAGAAGUUUUUUCGUUUAAUCGUACAUAUGCAGGAGAAUUUUUGGCAUUUCAGUUACGAUCAGUACGAGAACUCGGUGCUAGCGAACACGAAACGAAUGUGCAUCUACUUCGUCUGCGUCUUCUCAAUAUUCUCUCAAUUCACAGUUUUUUCCUACAUAAUGCGCCCAAUUAUAUCAAAUAUUGGAAAGAAUAAGUCAGAAAGGAUACUUAUAUUUGAUAUGCAUCUGGAUCUACCAUUGUCUAUCUCACCAUAUUAUGAAAUUAUGUACUUGAUACAGACAUUGGCUUUGUAUCAAAAUGGCGUAUGUUACCUUUGCAUUGACGAUAUAUUUUGCAUUAUGUGCCUGCACGUAGCUGGUCAGUUUCGUAUAUUGCAAUAUAGGAUGGAAAAUGUUCUAAGUCCAAAGGACAAAGAUAAACUCGAUCAGUACGCAAAUGAAGAUGCCUCGAUUAAGUGCUACGCGAUAUUUAAAAAUUGCAUACAGCAACAUCAAAUUCUCAUUGAAUUCUAUACCACGCUCGAGGAAAUAUUUACAAUAAUCCUACUCGGGCAAGUGUUAACGUUCAGUAUAUUAAUUUGUUUCAUCGGAUAUCAGGCAUUUUUGGUGGAGUUGCCACUUUCAUGGCGCAUUUCUCUUGUAUUAUACUUAACGUCUAACAUAUGGCAAUUAUGGAUCUUCACGUACAGUUGCGAUUUCAUGGCGCAAGAAAGCAUGAAUAUUGCUAAUGCUGCAUACAUCGCAUCAUGGAUAUAUUUACCAAUGGACAGAUUUGGAAAAAUGAUACGAAAGGGUUUGCAAUUUGUAAUAAUGAGAUCGAGACGACCUUGCUAUCUCACCGCCUGCGGCUUCUUUCCCAUAUCCCUUGAAACUUUCACCAAGAUUAUGAGUUCCGCAAUGUCAUAUUUCACUAUACUAAAGCAGCGAACAGUGGAUAGAGCGUGGGCUAGCUUGGACAACGUCGAAGAAAAUUCGGAAGGCGUUGCUCAUAAGACCUACUAUCAUAGAUAUGCGGUUACAUUCAGAUGCCAGCUAGUUAGAAAUCCAAUCAAGAGAAGGACUAGAACAUCGCAAAGAUUUAUUAAAAUCCAGCAGCACAUUUUGAAAUGCAAUAUGAGCACGAAACAUCAUAAAGACAUUUCUUUCAGAUUAACAACUUUCUUUCUGAAAGUUGUCGGCCUGUGGUUACGCACUACCCGCGUUGAAAAGUGGCUGAGAAAUGCCGUAGUGGUGUAUACUAUUCUAACAAUCAUCUUCUUUGCGUGGAUAUACUCGAGAGGCCUUUAUUUCUUUUGGGGAGACUUUAGCAUCUCGUCCUAUAUGGUGUGCAAUUUAUUGGGAAUGUUCUUAGUUUUCUUAAAAAUAGUAACUGUAUUUAUAUACAAGGAAAAGUUUUUUCGUUUAAUCGUACAUAUGCAGGAGAAUUUCUGGCAUUUCAAUUACGAUCAGUACGAGAAUUCAAUUCUAGCAGACACGAAACGAAUGUGCAUCUACUUCGUCUGCGUCUUCUCAAUAUUCUCUCAAUUCACGGCUUUUUCCUAUAUAAUCAACCCAGUUAUAUCAAAUAUUGGAAGGAAUGCGACAGAAAGGAUACUUAUAUUUGAUAUGCAUCUAGAUCUACCAUUGUCUACCUCACCAUAUUAUGAAAUUAUGUACUUGAUACAGGCAUUGGCUGUGUACCAAAAUGACGUAUGUUAUCUAUGCAUCGACGAUAUAUUUUGCAUUAUGUGCUUGCAUGCAGCUAGUCAAUUUCGUAUAUUGCAGUAUAGGAUAGCGAACGUGCCGAGUCUAAAGAUCAAAGAUAAACUCGAUCAGUACGCAAAUGAAGAUGCCUCGAUUAAGUGCUAUGCGAUAUUUAAAAAUUGCAUACAACAACAUCAGACUCUCAUUGAAUUCUCUACCACGCUCGAGGAGAUCUUUACAAUAAUCGUACUCGGGCAAGUGUUAACGUUUAGUAUAUUAAUUUGUUUCGUCGGAUAUCUGACGCUUUUGGUGGAAUUGACACUUUCAUCGCGCAUUUCUCUUAUAUGUUUCUUAUCGACUAACAUAUCGCAAUUGUGGAUCUUCACGUAUAGUUGCGAUUUCAUGGCGCAAGAAAGCAUGAAUGUUGCUAAUGCUGUAUACACUGCACCAUGGAUAUAUUUACCAAUGGACAGAUUUGGAAAAAUGAUACGACAGGAUUUGCAAAUUGUAAUGAUGAGAUCGAGACGAGCCUGCUAUCUCACCGCCUGCGGUUUCUUUCCCAUAUCGCUUGAAACUUUCACCAAGAUAAUGAGUUCCGCAAUGUCAUAUUUCACUAUACUAAAGCAGCAAACUGCGGAUACAGCUGGAUAAUUCCUCCAGAUUUCAUGUUAAAUGAUAUUAUAUACACAUACACAGGGUUUAAGUACCGCGUCAUCGUACUUUACGUUGUUAAAACAGCGUGUAGAAGCAAUUUCGUAGUAUAUGUUAAUCGAAACAAUAUAUCUUGUACAUAAAGUAAUUCGUUGCUGUACAUUAAAAAUGAGUACAUUUUCAAUGAAUAAAUAAAUUUAGUCUGGCAAUUUU